UAUAUUUUGCAUUUACAACACAUAUCAAAAUUUGGACUGGCCAUGUUUCAAGUGCUCAAUAUCACAUGUGGCUACAGGCUACCACACUGGACAUCACAGGCCUAUACCAUUAUGAAACUGGAUGCACGUAAAAGUGAAAUAAUAAGCACCAAUUCUAGACCAGAUUCUAAUCCUUCAACUCUUUCUGCUAAAAAGAAAAAUGAAAUGAACCUUCUGACUGUGAAAAUGUUCUAGUAGGUUAGACAAUAAAGGGCCUACUUUUUAGAUAACACCUUUUAAAUUUCAGUAUAAUUUUCUAUUACCCUCUACAUCCUAGGUUCCUCUAGUAUUUCUUUUUUCAAUCAACAUAUGAAAAAAAGCAAGCCAGGAAGCCUCACUGAAAAGCUCUUCAGGCUUAGCCACAGUCAAACCAUUUUACCCUGGUUUCCUCUAUUUCUCAGAAUUUUGGUUCACUUAUCUCCUCUGCAAACUAACUUCCAACCCAACUAGUAACAAAAGUGCUAUCAGAAUACAAAAGUAUGAUGUCCAAAAUAUCCCUUCUAGAAACAGAUCUAAAUGGGAUUUCCCAAAAUCACAAAAUCAGACCAUGAAAAACCCAGGCUUCCUCAUAACCUAAGAUGGUCUCAUCCAGUCCACAUGGUCUAGUAAGUUUACCAGUAAAAUUCUAAGAACUAGAAAGACUGUGACCAUGGUAUUGUGAGUACAAAUGAUUUUAAAGAAAUUAAUUCCUAACUAUAAUUACUAACCUCCCUCCCCUUCUUUUUUAACAGAGUCUGAAUUUUUUUUUCUUUCUCUUUUGGAGAAGAGUCAUCCUUACGUUAUCUCAAAAUGACAAACAGUUCUACUUUCUGUCCGAUUUACAGAGAUCUGGAGCCAUUCCCUUAUUUUUUUUAUUUAGUUUUCCUUAUUGGAAUUAUUGGAAGUGGUUUUGCAACCUGGGCUUUCAUGCAGAAAAAUACGAAUCACAGGGGUGUAAGCAUAUACCUAGUUAAUUUGCUUACAGCCGAUUUCCUGCUCACUCUGGCAUUACCAGUGAAAAUCGUGGUCGACUUGGGCGUGGCACCCUGGAAGCUGAGGAUAUUCCACUGCCAAGUAACAGCCUGCCUCAUCUACAUUAAUAUGUACCUAUCGAUUAUCUUCUUAGCGUUUGUCAGUAUCGACCGCUGUCUUCAGUUGACAUACAGCUACAAAAUUUAUCGAAUACAAGAACCUGGAUUUGCCAAGAUGAUAUCGACCGUCGUGUGGGUGAUGGUCCUUCUUAUAAUGGUGCCAAACAUGGUGAUUCCUAUCAGAGACAUCAAGGAAAAACCAAACGUGGGGUGCAUGGAAUUCAAAAAGGAGCUCGGAAGAAACUGGCACUUGCUGACAAACUUCCUAUGUAUAGCUAUAUUUUUAAAUUUCUCAGUUAUCAUUUUAAUAUCUAACUGCCUUGUGAUUCGACAACUGUACAGAAACAAAGAUAACGAAAGUUAUCCAAAUGUGAAAAGAACUCUCAUCAACAUACUUUUAGUGACUACAGCCUACGUCAUAUGUUUUGUUCCUUAUCACAUUGUCCGAAUCCCAUACACUCUCAGCCAGACCGAGGUCAUAUAUGACUGCCAGACCAGGAUUUCACUCUUCAAAGCCAAAGAGGCCACCCUGCUCCUGGCUGUGUCAAACCUGUGUUUUGAUCCUAUCCUGUACUAUCACCUCUCAAAAGCAUUCCGCUCAAAGGUCACUGAGACUUUUGCUUCGCAUAAGGAGAGCACAGCUCAGAAAAAAAAAUCAAGUUGUGAAAACAAUGCAUAAAAUAUGGGAUUUUUCAGGCUAUCACUUCUUGCCCUACUGGACGAUAAGUACAAAACUACUGGGAAAGAGAAAAAAAAAGAGCCUCAAGAUGUAAAAAUACAGUCAGCAAAUAUGGCCUGGUUUACUGUGAAACUUUGUUUUUAAUCAAUACCUGUGGUUGUUGUCGCUCCUUAACUCAAAUCUUCGUGCAAAAAAAAUAAAGUUUUGUUGAACCAAUGUCAAACCCUUCAAUAUAGUUGAAAUACAAAUGACUUCUAUGACAGAAGCACAGAAGUAUUCAUGAGGUAUUUAUUUAAAUGCCUGGAACUGACUUCUUGAUAAAAAUAUGCAAAAUAUAGGUGACCCUUGAACACUGGUUUGAACUGCAUGGGCCCCACUUACAUGCAAAUAUUUUUCAAUAAAUACGCACAGUACUAUACAUGUAUUUUUUUCUUCCUUAUGAUUGCCUUAAUAACAUUUUGUUUCCUCUAGCUUACUUUAUUGUAAGAAUACAGUAUACAGUACAUAUAGGAUACAAAAUAUGUGUUAAUUGACUGUUUAUGUUACCAGUAAAGCUUCUGGUAUACGUUAGGCUAUUAGUAGUUAAAUUCUGGGGAGUCAAAAGUUACACACAGAAUUCUGAUUGUGUGGGGCAUCGGCACUCCUAAGGUCUGCAUUGUUCAAGGGAUAACUGUAAUUUCUAUGUAAACUGCCACAAAGCUCUUUAGCUACACAAUUUAAAGCCCUUUGGAUGAUUUUUUUUUAAAGCCGGCUUAUUAUUUCCAUGAGACCAUCCAUGCCUGAUUUUUAAUACAUCACUUCAAAGAUGGUAACCUUUUAAAUUGCUACUCCAGUUUUUAACAUCUAAUUGUUUUCUAACACAAUAACUGAAAAUUUUACUUCUAAAAAGGCUUGGAAAUACAUGGGUAAUUUUUAACGUACUAUAAAUACUUAAUUCUACUUGAAGGUUAUAAGUAAAUAUUUUCUACGUGGUAGUGACAAAUCCAAUGGUCUCUUAUUUUUAUUUUGUAGUGACAUAAAAUAAACCCUACGACAUUUUCAAGGGGUGUUCUUAAAGCAUACUAACUGCUAAAACUACUGUUUUGCCACCAGAAACUCACCUUAAAGGUGUGGAAAAAUAGCACUAGUCAAAUGGUCUUAAAAUAGAUAUCCCGACUCCACACAGCAAGGCCCUGUUAGGGAUGCAGCACGUGCCUGGGCCGAUUGGUGCCACUCUGAUCCUGAAAAUAAGUCUGACCCCAUGUGGGGCCAGCAGAUUAAAACAUGGGUGACUCCAGCUCUCAAGGUCACAACCCUUCGAUUAAAUUCUCUUUACAGCCAGUAAUGCAGAAAGGGUUCAAUCGACAGAAUUAAA